GUCGCAAGACUUCCUGCAUCAUCCACAGUUGAGUGGACAGUCGUAACUCAAUGGUCACAAGUGUAUAAACAAUAGUGAGUACCAGAACAAAACCUCGAAAACAUGGCACCGGUCGUUCGUCACGAAAUUCCUCCGAAAAUGGGACGACAUGGCACCACCAUCACCAUGGAAGAACGUAAACGUAAACGGAACACGCUUCAUUCGAUAAUCCGUAGGAUAGUUGAAGGACCCCUUUGGACGGACGACUGCAAAUCGACGGAAAGUGAUAGUCAUUCCACUUGCACAAUCGAAUCAAUAUCUCCACCCACCACUCCAGCCUCUUCGGCGGUCACGGGGUCAGACGAAUGCGACAGGUUGGUUCGCAAAAGGGUGGAACGCAUCCCCCGACGGAUGUCGCAGCUGUCGGUCUUUCCCGGAAUGGAACUGGUCGUACCGGUCAAGUACAAUCAAAGGAUGGCUCGAUCGUUCCCAGAUGUUCAGAACCGAUCGGAACGGGACAAAGCUCGAAGAAAUAAGAAUACCGUAUCGGCACGGGAAAGUCGAGCCAAGAUGCGGCUGAUGAACGAUCUGCUCCAGACGGAAGCUGGUGAGGCUAGAAAGUUGAACGUGGAACUGAAAGCAGGUUUGGCAUCCAGGAUGAGCUACGCGAUGGUGCUGUUGGAGAAAUUGAAUCUGCCACCGGUGGAUUUCCUGGAAAUGUGGCAGAAGGCGAACGAGAUGUCGGAUGCUUCCUCGGUGGAUCAACAAGAGGCGAAAUGUUAUCUUUCGGGAAAGCUGGAACCGAAUACAGAAGACAAUAAGAUAGAAGAAUAGGUGAUUCACUGGCGGUGAUAGAAUGUAUAGUAAUGCAGUUCCUUGUAAUAUUUCUUCCAUAAA